AAAGGCUGAUUCAAGCUUUCCUUGACUGUGUGUAGGGUGUGGCUUACAUGUGAUAGUACUGCUAUGUGAAAGGUUAAGUAAGGAGAAAGCUGCCUGUGAAACAUUGCACCUUUUUUCGCGUCUUUAGCGGGUUUCUCUUCCUUGGCUAGGUGAGGUGGUAAAAUGGAGUUCUGUCUGUGGGUGUUGAUCGUAGCUACCAGUGCUGCACUGCUGAUGUUGGGAUGGAGUAGAAGUCACUGGUCAUGGUCAGUGGGGUUUGUGUUUGUGGAAGUGAUGCUGUGCUAUUGGAUAUCAAAUGAAAGUGUUGCAGUGACACUGCUGAGUGUCAGCUGGAGCUGCCUUGUGAUCCACUUCACUUCAAGAAAAGAGGACAUGUUGCCCAUGCAGGGCAAAGCAGUACUCAUUACAGGUUGUGACUCCGGUUUUGGCCAUAAUCUUGCUAAAAUCCUGGACAAAGCUGGGAUGAAAGUGUACGCUGGAGUGCUGGAGGAAUUCGGACCUGGAGCCCAGGAGCUCAGGGAAGUUUCAUCUGAACAUCUUACAAUCCUACAGAUGGAUAUCACUAACAUCAACCAAAUCUCUGAAGCUCAUACCCUUAUCAAGAGUCAAAUAGGAGACACAGGUCUUUGGGGACUAGUGAACAAUGCAGGAGUGCUUGGAUAUACAUGUGAUGGAGAACUUCUUCCUAUAAGAAUAACAAGAAAAAUCCUAAAUGUGAAUUUUAUUGCUGGUGUAGAGGUGACCAAUGUUUUCCUGCCUUUGAUACGACAAGCACAAGGAAGAAUUGUGUGCAUAUCCAGUAUGUCAGGAGAAGUUCCAUUCCCUGGUUUUGCAGCAUAUGGAGCAUCUAAGGCAGCUGUGAUUUCUUACUAUGGAGCUCUGAGGCAGGAACUGUCAUGCUGGGGUGUAAAAGUGGCCAUUAUUCAGCCCGGGAGCUUCAAGACAAACAUUCUUGGCAAUCAAGAGGAAUGGUGUAAAAUCCAGAAGGAGAUCCUCAGCACCCACCCCUUAGAAAUAAUAGAUGCGUAUGGAGAAGAGUACAUCUGUUCUAUGCAGGAACGUUUAAAUAAUAUGACUUCUCAAACCAGUGCUAAUUUGGAACCAGUUUUGGAUGAUCUACAACAUGCAUUAGUCUCAGAAAAGCCAAAGGCCUUUUACUACCCGGGACCCACCGCCUGGGCCAUUCCAUGCCUACAAAGGAUCUGUUCAACAUGGCUGUUUGAUGCCAUUUUUGCACAAAUGUUUACUUACAACAAUUUCUGCCCAGCAGGUGUGGCCUCCAAAAAAUGAAACACUCCCCAAAUAUGUAUGCUCCAUAUAUGCGUAUGCCAACAUCUGUCUCCACACUGUCAAAAUAUGAUUGUAAUCUACUUGGGGCUAGAUAAAUCUGAUAGCUAAAAUAUUAAUUUUAUACAUAAUUUUCAGUUUUGUCCAAUUACCGUUCUAAAAUUUAUACUAAAGAGCAAUAUUUGCUACUUGUGGAAGUAUGGUUAACCUGAAAAUAGAAGGCAGCUACAGAAUAACACUCAAUAUUCCCCAUUUUCUCAGGUUUUUUUUUUUUUUAUGUCUGCAUAAAAUAAAUGUGAAUAGAACUUCAGAGUUCUUGACUUUACCUGUAAAAAAAUUCCAUAUAAGAAAUUCUGCUGAUUAUUUAUUUUUUACACUUUAGAAUCUAUGUUCAGUUUUUGUGCUCCAUUCAAAGGGUCAAUAACUAAAUCAUGAAAAAAGGGAAAAAACAAUCAGCAUGUGUUAACGCUUAAAGACAAGACUACUACACUGUACCAUGAGUUUAAUGCAUUUUUUUUUUUUUGUGGAAUAAAUACUUUUUUUUAUGUCUGGAAAUAUAAUCUCUAAAAUUCCACAUAUAUUUUGGAUCUUACACACAAACCCUAAAUGAUAUCUUGUAAUGGGUGGUUAAAAAAAUAAAAAAUAAAUACAUCCAACACACGUUA